AAGAUGGUAUCCCGUCUCAGUGCCCGCACGCUGCAGGGUAUCAGAAGGCACAGAGUGUCUUAGAGAACUGAGGCAACAUGGCGGUGACCCGGAGAGUUACGCCGCUGCUGAUACUUGCUUUGAUAUCAGUAUAUGACCUGGGAUCAGCAGAAUCAGAACCUGCCCAGCAGUACGCAAGUGACGAUAGUGAUGACCUUCUCUAUCCAUAUGGACCAGCUCAGGGUGACAAAAUUACCCCAGAAGAAGAUGAUGGGACAUCAGGAGAAGUCCCCCUCUCUAUCAGCUUUAAAUUCUCUGGGAAAGAAUACAAAUCUCUCUAUGUGAACAACAACGGAGUGAUUUCGUUCAACAGCGCGGUGGCGCAGUAUACACCUGAUCCUUUCCCACUCACAGAUGGUGAGACGUUCAUCACCCCUUUUUGGGGAGACGUGGAUAAUAAUCUGGGAGGUAAGGUGUACUAUAGGGAGACGACAGACCCCGCCCUACUGCAGAGGAUAACACGGGACAUGGCGAAGCAUCUGCCACUCAAACACUACGUAGCGACGUGGGCUUUCAUCGCCACCUGGGACAAAGUAGCCUAUUAUGGCGCAGCAUCUAAAAAGGUGAACACGUUCCAGGCUGUCCUUACUACUGACGGGUACCAUUACUUUGCCAUUUUAAAUUAUGGUGAUAUCCAGUGGACAACUGGAACCGCCAGUGAUGGAGAUCCCCUGACUGGCUUGGGUGGCACCCCGGCUCAGGCUGGAUUUAACAGUGGAGAUGACACUCACUACUUCAAUAUACCUGGAUCCAGAACAAAUGAGGUGUUAAAAAUAAAGUCUACAUCCAACGUCGACUACCCUGGACGAUGGGUUUUCGAAGUUGCCGAUUUUAAGGUUCCUGGAGGAUGCGUUUUCAAAGCAAAAUUUGCCAAAGAAGGUGAGGAGUUUUGGACAGAAUCCACCUGCGACACAAAGUGUACCUGCCAGAAUAAUGAGGUAUCCUGCGAAGCAAAGGCGUGCGGGACAUCCGGCGCCUGUGAAGCCUCAGGAUCAUUCUUCACAUGCAAAAUCAAGGAAAAAGUCUGCUUCUGAGAUGUACAAUCGCUCCUGGAAUUUACUUAAAUGUCCGUCUUGCCCAUUUUUUAUUUUUGCAAUCUAAAGGAGACAAUAUGGGGUAAAUUUACUAAAGCUUCUAAAACAGAGAAGUGGUGAAGUUGCCCAUAGCAACCAAUGAGAUGCUGUCUAUCAUUUCUCUUGCCAAUUCUGUUUUAGAAGCUUUAGUAAAUGUACUCCUAAGUCUUAUUUUAUACAGCAGUGCAAGCAUUAUACAUAUAUUGUGCAGUAACCAAUGAUAGCCAAUGAAAUGUCAGCUUUCAUUGAUAUGCUUGCGCUAUAUUGUUAAAAGCUGACUCCUUGCUGCUGUAGGUUACAGCACAUCAGUGCUUUUUGCACCAUGUUGUUAAAUAAACCAUAAAUAUCUGUGACAUGUUUAAUCAUAGUAAAAUUCUUAGCUACCGUAAGAUACUGUAUGUAGUCAUCCAGAAAUGUCAGUAAGCAUUAAUAUAGUCUGAUGCGGAAUAUGGUCCCACCUAUUACAGAUAGGAUCUUUUUAGUUGCAAUUUACUGCAAAAAAAUAAAUAAAUAGAACACAGAUUACCGGG